AUGAGCUCCGAUGGCUUCCCAACGCCACCAGGCAACGCACCCAGCUACGACACGUCGACACCGAAGAGUUUCGACUAUCAGCCAUCAGAUCCGGAGAAGCCACGCCAUGGAACAAUGCCGACUCCCAAACCGUCAUCGCCGCUGGCGACAAUGCAAGACGGUCCAAACACGGAGAAACGAUUUGACCUGCUGGAUCUUGAGCUCAUCCACCAUUACUCGACUCGCACCUACAUGACCAUGUCCUCGAGACUCGCCUCACAUGCUGUUUGGAGAGACACUAUUUUCGCAGAGGCCUUGCGCCAUGACUAUCUUUUGCACGGACUGAUGGCCACUGCGGCACUCCAUAAAGCAACUUUGCAGCUGAGGUCGUCCGACGCCUAUGCCGAGUACUCGAGGAUCGCGCUGGCUCACCAAAACGUCGCCCUCGCCGGUUUCAUCCCGGAGGUUAGCAAACCAAAUCGGGACAAUGGAAUAGCGAUAUUUUCAGUUUCUCUGCUCCUGACGAUAUGGGCUUUCGCCUCAAAACGACUCCCGGAAGGCUUGAACAAUGUCAAACUCGAUUUUGGCCGGGGUGAGUCGUCUCCAGGCGUCACCCUCCCCUUGCAUUCGCCUACCGGGGACUUUAUUGAGGUUAUCAUGAUUCUGAGGGGUAUCUAUGCCGUAAUCAGAGAGACAAAUACGUGGCUUCAGGGAGACAUCGAGGAACUGCUGCGAUAUCCCGGGCCGGAAGACUUGCCACCCCACCCCCCCGACGUCCUGGAUGCUUUCAGUAUCCUCCGCAGUGCCGUUGAUGAUCCUCAAUUGACGUCGCUCUGGGAGGGAGAGGAGGCCCAAGCAACGAAAAGUCUGCUCCUCGAGCAGAUGGAGGAGUUACGCAACAUCUCGAGAUGUCGUUCCGUCGUGGAAUGGGAUGGCCACAUCUUUUCGUGGCUGAUUAUGGCACCGCCAGCCUUCAUCCAUUGCCUCAAGAGAAGCAAUCCCCUAGCUCUGGCAAUAUUUGCCCACUGGGCUGCCAUGUUCCGCUGCAUGGACCACCACUGGUGGGUAAACGGCUGGGGAUACAGCUUGGUGAACGAUGUCUCGAGCAUGCUCGAUCCUGUUUGGGCCAGGUACCUGGACUGGCCCCGAAGGCAAGUUGGGCUUGUGUUUCAGGGCUCUGGAGGAUUCGAUGGGCGCCGGAUGCCGUAA